GCCGCGUCAAGCAGCGCUUCCCGCCCGCCGUGGAGGAGGGCCUGUGCGGCGUGGCCAGCGCCCUGCUGGAGCUCGCCUACCGCCUGCAGGCGCUGGGUGAGAUUUUUGAUCAGUCUGAUGUGGCUUUACCAAACUUUGCCAAGUUUUUUUGGCACCAAGCUAAAGAAGAGAGAGAAGCAGCAGAAGCUAUGUUGAAAUACCAACGAGAGCGAGGAGGCCAUUAUUGUCCCAGAAACCUCCAGAAACCAAACUGUGAAGAUGUAACCAAUGUUGUGAAGGCCCUGGAAAUAGCACUAGUACAGUGGAAAACCAUGACAAGUUAUCUUGAAGAGCUCUAUGCUCUGAGCAUUGCAAAUGGAGACCCUCAUAGUGCUAGCACUAUUAAGAAACAAUUUAUUGAACCCAAAAUCCGGAAGAUCAAGUUGGUGGGAGAUCUCUUGACCAAUGCUUACAGGCUUGAGUGUUCCCAAGAUGGCAGAGGCAACCUUGGAGAAUACCUUAUGGACCGGUUACAGGUGGAGCUCAAAAAAGGCAUAGAGUCACAGUCUAGUCAACACUGCACCCCUUGUGCACCUCUCCAGCAAGCUACAGAGGGGCUGAAGCAGCCACCAAGAAAAUGUGACUCUGGGCAUAAGAAAAGCAUAGGGCCAAUAUAAGCAACCCUACACUGCCCUUCCUCACAUUUUCAGUGUAAGGGUAUGCCAGGAACAAAACUGAGGCAAGCCAAAGAGUGAUGGUACCAUAGUGUCUGUUGUGGGCCAUGGAACAACCCUAGGCAGCCAAAGGAGAAAGCUGGCAUAAGUUAAAUCAGCCCCUGGGGCCCCAGUUCAGAAGCUGCAAUGGUGUUUUAAAAUUCCAGUACCAAUUCCUUUUACAACUCUUCAUUUUUAUGCAGUGUGCCUCUGGCAAGACGCAACCACGAAUCCACCUCAUCCAACUGGUAGGGAGGCUACUAGAUAUUUAGGAUGUCAGCAAUAAAUUCUAUCAAAGUCUUAUGCUAACAAUUUAAAAUGCCCACCUUCAGCAAUCACAGCAUUAUUAAGUUUACACUCUUAAAUGGUUGCUUGGAUUAGUUAGUGCAAAGGAUUUUUUAUCAUGUAUAAAAUUAUUUUCAAAAAAUAUAUUUUAGUACAGAGCAAUUUUUCUAUGCUGGGGAAAAUCUAGAUUUUUAGAAUUUUUAUAGUGUUUAAACCAAUGUAUAAUUCUAUGCUAGUAUAUUGGUGCAGAAAUACAGUACAAUGUUCAUAUUAUACAAUAUGGAUUUUUUAAAGAUAGUUUAAGAUGGAUUUUUUGGUAUUAGUGUGUCUCAUGAAGCAGCAACUUUUAAAUAGGCUAAAUCAGUUACUUGCUUUUUUAAAAUCCAAGUUUAUUUCUCCUUCUGUUCUUCUCCAAGAUGAAGCAUAUUAACCCCCCUAACAGCACAUAUUUGUGGACACGAGCCAUUGUGCUCUUCUGGACUAUGACUUUCAGCAUCUUGUUUGCUGCCCCCAGCAGUUUAAGACUUGUGACUAGGAUUCCUCUCUCAAUCAGAACUGAACUAGUACAUCCAAUUCUUUCACUGUCUGGGCAACGUACGGAAUUAGUAUUUCAGAUUAGGUAAAUCCAGAGUCUUCACUAUUUGUAAUCCUUAUAGAUCCCUCAGCAUGUUUAACAAAUGUAAAUGAAGUAUUAAUUUGAGCAUCCUG